AUGGGCCCCGACGGGUCUCAGUCGGAUCCCGACCCGGGCUGCCGUGCUCGGCCUGGACUGCACAGACAGCGCUUUUGCAGGGGUGGGCCAGUCCAAGGUCAAAGCCAUUGCCCACCGGCCUCGCGGUUUGCAAGGCUCAACCUCCAGCGAGCAGGCUGCUCACCCGAACAUUUGCUCCUCAGCAGUGCCACUGGCUCGCCUUCGUCAUUCAGGACACCAGGGCUCCGGAGGCAAGGCCUGCGACCCUGCGGCGCCCCUCCUGCCACCUGCGCGCCUUCCGAGGCCCACCCAUCGCUGGCCCUGGAGGCCUUCGAGUGUCUGGCUUCGAGUCACGCAAGCCGCCUGGGGGAGCAGCUGCGGCAAUUCUGGGCUGACCACUUUUCGCGGCGAUUCUCGCCACGGCGGCCGCCACUGCGCCGCAUCUCCUCCAUGUCCACCUUCUACCUGCUGGACCACCGCACGCGCCAGGCGGAGCUGGGCCUCAGCUACGGCGCGCCGCGCACGCGCCUCAGCGACGAGGCCUUCGUGUUCCGCGGAGGCCGGUGGGCCUCGGAGUGCCAGCUGACGCGGCCGCGGCCACCGCUGCCCUCGCCGGCCAUCGCGAGCUGGAAGCCGCCGCAGGUGCACCGAGCCAAGAGUCAGGUGCUGUUGGAGGAGAACAACUACCUGAAGCUGCAGCAAGAGCUGCUCAUGGAUAUGCUCACUGAGACCACGGCGCGCAUGCGCCUGCUGGAGAAGAAGCUCGACCCCGAGGUCAGCCCGACGGCCGCGGCGCGCGCCUGGCAGAGGAAGAUGCGCAAGCGCGAAGGCGCCGGCGGCGUGCUCAUGAUCCAGCCUCGCGCUCUGGAGUCGCGGUGA